CCUCUCUCUCACACUAGGAAAGGGGAUCACUCAUGACAUCUCUCUAAAUCCCCCUAGGCCCUAGCUAGAGAGAGACUGAUAGCAGCUCUUGGCUCCUCUUGCCUCUCUUUUAUAAAAAGGCCACACUGUCCAUGAUCACUCUGUACCCUUGUAAAUUGCCCCUCCAACUGCAGAUCCCCUCUCCAUCUCCCUUAUAUGCAUCCUGAUCUCUCUUUCAUCUUCCCACAGUGCUUGCUACCUUUGUAGAUCUCUCUCUCUCUCUCUCUCUCUCUCUCUCUCUCUCUCUCUCUCCUCACAGCAUGUCUACCAUCUACAUGAGCCAACUGUCUACUCUCCCUCUAAUGGAGGGAGAUCAGGAUCAGGGGCUCUUUCCAGCCUUCCAUAUAGCAAAGGACCCUCCUAUCUUGUUCCCUUUUAUGAUCAACAGCCCUGUAGAUCAGCACCAAGGGCAAAGCUAUGGAGACCAGCACUUGAGGCAGCAAGUUUUGGCUGAAUCUCAUCAACUGUUCAAAGAUCGCAUGAUGAUGAGAGCACCAGAUCUCUUCCCUACGCCGUCACCGUUCCGCCGGCCGACCAUACAAAGCAUCGGCAGCGACAUGAUCCAGCGAUCCGCGUAUGAUCCAUACGAUAUUGAGAACAAGCGCGCUGAUGGAUCGACCAGCAGUUGGGCUGUGGCACAGCCAGCGAAGAUGAAGAUCAUGCGGAAGGCGACGAGCGAGUAUCCCGAGGGCGGGGCGGCAAGAAAGCCAAGGAGAAGAGCACAGGCACACCAAGAUGAGAGCCGGCAACUGCAACAGCAGGCUGUGGGUGUCAUUAGAGUGUGCUCCGACUGCAACACAACCAAGACCCCCUUGUGGAGGAGUGGUCCUUGUGGCCCAAAGUCUCUUUGCAACGCAUGCGGCAUAAGGCAAAGGAAGGCGCGGCGGGCGAUGGCCGCGGCAGCUGCUGCCGGCAACGGUGGGGCGGCGGGAGUGGCGUUCGCCGCCGCGCAAGCAAAGCUAGCGAAGAAUGAGAAGAGGGCGGACGUCGACCGGUCGCUGCCAUUCAAGAAGCGGUGCAAGAUGGCAGUCGUCGAUCAUGCUGCCGCAGCCGCCAAGGAGACGCCGGCCGUCGCCGCUCCAACGAAGGAACAGGGUCACGGCGCCGUUGACAACGUUGCAGCGGCGGCGACGACGAGUCUGCAGAGCAAGGGCGCCACUCCUCCUCCGUCGAUGUCGUUCCACGCGUUCCCCGCGGACGAGAUCACCGACGCCGCCAUGCUUCUCAUGACCCUGUCUUGUGGGCUCGUCCGCAGCUAGCUACUAGCUGAUAGAUCACUAGUCGCCAUUGAUGAGUGCCACUUGAUUAAUUUCCACUAAAGUACGUACUUCCCCUAUCAUAUUGCGUGUCUUUCUCGUUUAAUCUUGUGUUGAGGAAGAGGAUCACUGCCAGGAAGAGAGAUGGAGUGAUCACAUGUCCAAGGAAAUAAUAUGCGAAAACUCUCGCUAUCUAGUAAUUAGUACCAGGAUUUACUAUAAGAGUGAGCGUUUUUUUACCUUUUUUUGUUCUGCGGCUAACUAUUAUAUUAAUCAAGCCCUAUAUAUAUGUUAUGUUCCUUUGUAUUAGUUAUGUUUUGGAUCGGAGCUAAUAAUAUCCAGAAGAUCGAUCAAGAAGAGAA